CCUGUAAUGAGCCAGAGAGAACACUUGCUGUCUUGAGACUGAAUGAGCACAUCACUGUCGAGAGCAGACAACCAACGGCAACUGUCGUCCCUCUUGUCGACUCUAGUGGACGGCGGCUCUCGCUCGAGGGGACGCAGAGGGCGGGGGUCCCUGGUGGGUCGGGAUGGAGUUGUGUAAGAAAAUGUUGCCCAACGUGAUACCGAUGAAGAUCAGAGCGUACGUGAACGACUACUGCAGGAGGAACGGCCUACUGACUCUCUCUGUGUUUGCGGUGGUGACGGGCUGCGCGCUCGGAUUCAUCCUGAGGUCACUCAACCUGUCUACACAGGCCAAGAUCUACUUCUCCUUCCCUGGGGAACUGCUGAUGAGGAUGUUAAAAAUGCUGAUUCUGCCUCUCAUCACGUCCAGUCUUAUGUCCGGUUUGUCAGCCAUGGACACGAAAGCCAGCGGUCGUCUGGGGGUCCUGACCAUCACCUACUACCUGUGGACAACCUUCAUCGCCGUCAUCGUCGGCAUCGUGCUUGUCCUCAUCAUCCACCCGGGGACAGGCGCUGAGAAGGACGGCCACCACUCGAGCUCGGGUCCUGUUAUGACUUCAGCUGAUGCUCUUCUGGACCUCAUCAGGAACAUGAUCCCUUCCAAUCUCAUCGAAGCAACCUUCCAGCAGUACCGAACAGACCUGGUACCCAUCGUGCAGAGCUCCAACAUCAAAGAGUCGCAGGCUAACUACGUGUACGUCAUGCCCGACUACCACAACCCUCGCCUGGGCCACCCGGUCUUCCUGGAGAUCACCCCGGCCCCCGACAUCAACUACAAGAUUGUUCCCAGUACCAGCAAGGGCAUGAACGUCCUGGGGAUCGUCAUCUUCUCAGCCGCCAUGGGUCUGCUGCUGGGGAAGAUGGGAGAGCGAGGAGCCCCGCUGGUCAACGUGUGCCAGUGCAUCAACGAGUGCGUCAUGAAGAUCAUUAACGCAGCCAUGUGGUACUUCCCUUUCGGAAUCGUGUUCCUGGUGGCAGGGAAGAUUCUGGACAUGCAUGACCCGGCUCACUUGGGGGAGAAACUGGGCAUGUACUUCAUCACGGUUCUGUCUGGCCUCUUUGUGCACGGCCUCAUCUUGCUGCCCCUCUUCUACUUCUUCUUCACCCGCAAAAACCCCUUCACCUUCAUCAGGGGCCUGCUGCAAGCUCUCGUCAUCGCCUUGGCUACCUCUUCAAGCUCGGCCACUCUGCCGAUCACCAUGAAGUGUCUGUUGGAAAACUGUGGUGUGGACCGGCAGAUUGCUCGCUUCGUUCUACCUGUGGGGGCAACCAUCAACAUGGACGGCACGGCCUUGUAUGAGGCGGUGGCGGCCAUCUUCAUAGCUCAAGUCAACGAGUAUGACUUGGACUUUGGUCAGCUGGUCACCAUUAGCAUAACCGCCACAGCAGCAAGCAUCGGGGCAGCAGGAAUACCUCAAGCUGGUCUGGUGACCAUGGUGAUAGUCCUGACCUCUGUGGGGUUGCCGCCUGCUGACAUCUCUCUGAUUGUGGCCAUUGAUUGGGUUCUCGAUCGCUUCAGGACGAUGAUCAAUGUCCUCGGCGAUGCCUUAGCGGCCGGAAUCAUGGCGCAUGUAUGCAAGAAAGACUUCGAGAGGGCGGCAGCUACAGCCACCACCGCCUCGUCCGUUGUCAGUAACGGAGGAGGAUCCAAAAGGAGAGACACAGUGAUCUCGGUGGGUAACCAGAGCGUGACGCUGUCUGACGCGCCCCUGAUGGCACACCGCUGCGACUUUGUAUUUGAGGUGGACGGGGACAACAUCCUGGAGAAACCUGUGACCUGCUACAACCUCUGCCAAGUCUAGAGACACCUACUCCCGCCAGCGGGGCCCUGCCACCGACCAAACACCCACCUGAGACCCAAGCUUUCGCCAGUGCCUAAGAGAAACCUUCACUACUUCAUGUACAUUUUGCUGUCAUUGCACUGCAAUUGGAGGAUAGUCAUUGAGUUUUACGCUUUCACUGUAGGGAGUUUCCUAGUUAGACUCCAGUCAAGUUGCCUUAAAGUGAUCUCACUCAUACUGAGACCGCAGCAGCUGAAUGACAAGCAGUAGACCUAGAACAGUCACAAAAGUAUACAACAAAAACAGCAACAUUUUCCUAGUCAAGACUGUUUUUAUACCAAUGGUUGUUUUUUUGUGCGUAUGUUUUCCAAAUAAAACUUGCCUGACUCAACCUGU